CCGGCGAUUCCCUCGGGAAAUCGAUUCACCUCUUCCUCUCGUCUCUCUUCCUUCAUCUCUCACUCUCAACUGUACAAAGGUGACACAAAAAAUGCGAUACCAGCUCUCAAUACAAAUAAUUCCAUUCUGCGUUUUUUUCGUAUUGGAAUCCGUCGUAUUUGGUAAUAAGAUAUUUUCCUUCUCGGAAGCGACCUGUGGAAUUCCAACGAGAUACUGCGUUACAGAGAAACGGAAUUUUGCUAUGUGGAUCGGAGAUUCUCUGUUGCGGAUGUUUGGCUUGAAAGGGACUGGAGUUUUUUUUGUUUCGGAGAGCGCUGCGUUGAUAGUGGAUUGGAGAGCGGAAUUCGAAAGGGAUGAAUGCAAGUGAUUUAUCGAGACUUGUUUCGCGGUCGAUACUUUCGUGCGGCUUUAUUGAAACAUUAUUGAUAAUAUUCAUUGGUAUUUUUCACGAGUUAUUUCUAGAUGAAAUAUUUACUUCGUUUGCCGCUGUUGAUUUUAUUAUUUCUGUACAUGAAUAAUUCUCGUGAUAACACACGUCCGUAGCUCUCGAAAAGUCAAGUCUGUUCGCAGCUCUUGCGGAAGAAAUUAAUUAGAGAGCGCCGCUUUUGAUAUUCAAAAGUCGUUACAUCGCCGGGAAAAUCCGGAUAAAGGAUGAAGCUAUAAAAAAGUAUCUCGAGCGAGAGAAGAAUGAACGAGUCGUGUGAGACCCUUUUAAUCGAUAUAACGAUAGCAUUGACACGUAUUCGCGAGCGCGGAAAACUGGAGCAAGAGCGUAAUAUCGACUAUCAAAGUUGCGACACGCUGACUGGGCUCGAUUCGCCUUCAUUAUUUCUAGGAGUAUUCGGGCGAGAAUUUUUUUUUCUUCCGGGCUAUUCUUUUAUUCGCGGUUAAUGGGGUCGAGAAAUGUCGCGUAUGAGGCGUGAGAACUUAUAAUGGAUUUAUGAAUUUCAAGGAUUAGAAUUUUUCGAUCGUGAUUUAUGGCGAUGAUUUUUUUUUUGUAAUAGUGAUGAAGGUUCUAAUUGUUCAAUGUAUCAUCCUUUCAGCUGUAACCAUUAACUGAAAGUACGAGGCUAAGUAACGUUUGGCAUAAGCAAGCUAGUUGGUAUUGAUUUCGUUGUAAACACUGACCUCGUUUAGAUUCUGUCGACGAAACACAUCCCCGUAAGAAGUUUGCAUUUGUUCGCAAAACUCGACAGUAUGACAUCCAUAUACUCGAUAAUAUUGAUCGCAACAAGUGUAUUACGUGAUUUUAAGAUUAUCGAGGGAUGGGCCAAUCCUCUGGUGAAUCAAAUAAAAAGUCAACUGGAGCCGUAUCAAGUUACAAUUUUCACUAACAGUGAAAUCAACUCUGUAUGGGAUAUCGGAAGGUAUGAAAUUCAACGAAUCCUAGCGGAUAUACCAACGGUUGCAGUAGAUUUGGGACUACUCGAAUCGCCCAGCAAAGAAAAUUUGAUGAGCUUACCUACUCUACGCCAACCUCGUAAGGUAUCUCUUCACGUUAUAAUACAUUACGUCACCAAAUCUGACAACGAGGACCUAUCAAAACAGCUAUGGGAUUUCUUUGAUUUCUUCGUUGAGGCAUCGGAUAUACCAAGAAGACCCAAAUGCUUAAUGAUCAUCUUCAUUGACUAUUUGGUGGAGACUAACGAGUUACUCAGAAACAUUACUGAAUACGCGUGGACAAAGAAAUUUCUUGAUCUCACGAUUCUAGUCGUAGAUGUGGCCGACCUCAAAUCUAGACCAUAUCUGUUUAACUACAAUCCAUUCAAAAAUACAUACGAGCAUCAAGUGUGGGAUCCAAAUAAAACUACGCUAUUCCCAGACAAACUUCGAGACAUGAACAACUAUACCUUGAGAACCACUGUUUUCAACUAUCCACCAUACCUAAUCAUCGAUUCUGAUAACAACUCUACAAAACCAAAUAUGGAUGGCAUCUAUUACCCCUUGAUGCGUAUCCUAUCUUCCUACUUCAACUUUACGAUGCUGUCUAUCGGCGAAGUAGACAACAGCCGAACCUUAGCCUUGGUCGAAACCUUGUACAACCUAACCUCUACCGGUGCAGUAAACCUCCUACCGUUUCCAGCAGCUGUCGAAACCUUUGCUGGUUUCGGUGGCUUGGAACUGAGCUCGUUCUUCGGCUGCUUCGACGUAGCUGCGAUUGUGCCUCUCCACCAAGACAGCGACAUCGACCUAUCCAGCCAGAUCUACUUGCUUAUACUGUCUGGUACAAUGUUGAUCUUCUUUCUGCACAUCAUGGCUCGUUUUCUUAGGUUUGACCGUCGUUUUUGGCGCCGCGACUACAUAGUCCGAAUAAUAUUUACCUUCAGCAGUCCUGCAGUACCAAAACGGUUAGCUGAACGGUUACUCUUUUUAAUCGUGAGUACAAUGGCUAUGCAACAUUCGAGCAACUUUUUAAUGCAACUGGUGGAUGUACGCAUUGAAAGGAAACCUCAAGUCCUCGACAAUUUUUACAACAUCAAGCAGUCGCGAAUGCCGAUCUUUGUCGACGAGGUAAUGGAACAAACCUUUUUUUCGGAUGACAACAGCGAUAAACUCGUAAAAUUUCUCCACAAUAAGGCUAUCAAACAACCGAACAUGAUUAACUGCAUAGAUAAGAUCAAAAACAACCGCAGCGCCAUCUGCCUAACCGACCUGUACCUGGCUAGGUUUUUCACGAAAAACACAUCCAAUACGACGCAGGUGCUGAAAAUCAGGGAUCCGCUAUUUUAUUGCAGACCACUUGCAUGCACAUUUGAGAAAGGAUCUCCGUACGUGGAAAAAUUCAGUGAGGUAGUGCAAAGCGUCACCGAGUCUGGAAUCCAGUCUAUGUGGAAGUGCACCAAGGAGCUCGAAACCAAAUUCGUCAAGGCGAGUAAUAAACUUGAAGACAAAAAGGAGAGGAGUAUGUUACUGGUAAUUCUCUUGGUCUGCUUGGGUACUGGAUUUGGAACAGCUGGUCUCAUACUACUGGGGGAACUUUUAUGCAGAUCUAAAGCACGUGCAAGGAAACGAGCGUUUGGAGCUAAAACAGUUACAUUUGAAGUUUGAAAAUGUAUCUGAUGUAUCGGAGCAAAGAUGCAUAAAAUAAAGACUUGGAAAAUAAAAAUGUUUGGCUUAUUCUUCUUUGAACAUUAUACUAUGUGCUUUUCCACGCCUAAUAGUCUUUCGCAAUAACAUGUACGGAAGUAACAGUCAUCGAUUUCUUAAUGCUGCGCAAAAAGUCGUAAAGUGCACCUAGAAAUAAAUAAUUUUCACACUUUCAACACAAAUAUACAAACCAUUCAAAUCUGGUACAAUUCUCCAUAAGAAAAUCCGUAAUUUCCCGGGCAAUUACAGUCAAGCUUCUCUCGUACAUAUAACACUCACGACACCUCGCUCUCAUCUUUGCAGCACGUACGGCUAAUACAACGCAGCUACUCUCGCUCUUAGAUAAGCCUCUCCUCCCUCGCGUAGCGAGCGAAUCACGAGCCGCGAAAUUUAGUUUUAGACGUCGAGACUUCCGGCGAUGCAGCUUGGGAAUAAUUAAGCCGAGAUCUCCGGUUUGCGCGGGACAAACAGGCCAGAGGCACUUGCAUGUAGACGCUCUCGAUUGUGUGUCGCACACGAGCUAAUGCGCUGUUGGCGCGUCUUGGAGACAUGCUUCGCGAAGCUUUUGCAUAAUUAGAGCUAUAUUACUGCGACGCUUCUUUCGGCUCGUGAUGAAGGAUCCUCUUGUAAUUAUUCGUCGAUUUACUUGGAACGCAGCUACGUGGAAUGUCUACGGUCUUAUUCGAAGUACGCAUUCGUGAAAUUCUACUAGCCUAUGUUUCCAGAGAAAAAAAUCGCGCUUUCUCGCCCGGGUGACCCUUUCUUCGCAAUCUUCGCACCCGUGAAGCGUUCUCGGGCAUUAAACUCGUCAAGCUCCGAAGUAGGUAAAGAGAUUACCGCGAGGGACGACUCCUCGUUUGCCUGGCCUGCAGACCUCCGGUUUUCACGUCCGCCGGGAUUUUCACGCUCGCCGGCACUCGGAUUCUCUAAAGAUUUAGUUUUUUCUUGUUUUCUUUUUUUGAGAGGCAGAGUGAGUGAGAGAGAGAGAGAGAGAGAGAGAGAGAGAGGGCAUGAGAUGUUUGCUCUCCGGAUAAGGAUGUUUGGGAUUUUUAUUUAACGAAAUCGAGCUAUGGAAUCUUCGUAUAAGUACUUUACUAUGCUAAUCUUUAUGUGCUUAAUGGAUAAGUAGUACAUGGAUAGAUUGCGUACUGAAUAAUAUUUAUAUACUAUACAUACAUUUGUGAUACAUCUAACACUAUUCAAUUAUUUUUAUUUUUAUACAUUUGAAUUUCACUUCAUUGUACUAUGACUUCAUCAACUUAGAUGAUUUUUAUACAGGCAAUCAGGUACUGAAUAUACUAAAUGCAGAAUUCAAUUUUGAUGUAUGCUCUAGAAAUUAUUUUUCUGGGAUUUUCUAUAAAAUAUAUUUGGCUUGGUGAAUACUUUCUAAAUUCAAUUAAUUCAUAUAUUUUAAAUUGUAAACUUGAUUCAAGUGACCUUGAUGCAUUUAUUUGCAGGCUUAAAAUCUUUUUGUUUGGUUAGUGUAAAAUUGAAGUUUAUUGUAUAAUACAAAACCAACGUUUUAUUAAACAUACAUAAAUAAUUAUGUUAGUUACUCGCUACAGUAUGCCGAACCUUUGCCGAAGUAAACACUAUAUAUUUUCCCUCCUAUAUGCUUGUAGGAGCUUCAAUGCCCAUAGUUGGACAUACAGAGCAAUUUUCUAGUUCACCAUUCAUUCUCAAUUUUAAUUUAUGAAAUGCAUCAUUGCAAGUUCCAUGGAUAACCCAAGAAAUUUGCAAGUGCUAGCUAUCGAAUUUACGAUUGAUUCGAUAUAAUAAAUCAAUGAGAGAUUAUGACUGCAGACCAUUUGACUCAAUUCUACACUAAAGACUUGAAACAAAAGGGAAUCAUUAAAUGAAUCGAAAUUAAGAAAUAUUUUAAAAAUAAUUAUGAAGAGUAGUUACACGAAUUUACACAUUUUGGUUGCAUCACACCGCCAUCGACGUAGAAAUCCAUAUGGCCUAUAAUUAUAAUUCAUUCUAUACUUUGUAUAUCAUGAUUACUAUCUACCAAAAACUUACCUAGAUCUUCAUUAAUUCCAAGAGCAUCAUUAUUGCCUUUAAUGUCUGUUUGUGUGUGUAUAAUGUCCACAAAAUCUGCAUCGUCCUUGCUAAGCCUCAUGCUCAAGUCAUUAUUGAUAAAACAAGGUUGAGCUGGAUCCAAACCUGUAAUACGUUCUAUUUUCCAAAAAUCAUUUUGUUUUAAUAAAUGAGCAGUUUGGCCACUCAAAUGUGCUCCAAGGCUAUGUCCAACAAAAUACAAAUGAUUCCAUCGAAUAUCUUUGUCAAGCUCAUCCAAUGAUGCAAUCUGAGCUCUCAGCACUUCUAAGAACCUAUUACAAAAAAAUGUCAAGUACCUCAUAUACUUUCACAAUGUUUGUAUAAAAUAAAACUCCUUCAAAGUACUCAGUCAGUUGAUGACUAGCCACUUGAGUUUGCCGAGCAGAAUUGACGUAGUUCCAACUUAUACUACCUCUUUUACUCCAAUCGACCAUAAAUAUGUUUGCAUUUUUCUAUAAUAUAUAUUCGGAAAUCAAUAAUGUUUAGUUAUUUAAGUUUCAGUAUUUUUUUUAUUGCACUUACCACUUCCAGAAGUUUAUCCUUCAUAUUUUUGUGACAGUGGAUCUGUAACCGUGAAUUAUAAAGAUACUCUUUUUCGAAGUAUCAAAACCAGCAUCUUUCAGAGAUGUCAACACACUUGAAUUGAUUUUAAUUGGUUCUUUAUGUUCACGAGUAGAAAGAUAUAAAUCCACCUUAACAGGAUCGGUAUUUUUUUCAGCACUAGUGUAGUACAUAAAUGAACCCAUGGUAUAACUUUUGAAAUCUAUACAACUAAUUUUCUUUAAAUCAAUGGUGUCUUUUGCAUCUCCUGUAUAAGCUUCGUUAAGUAAAUUAGAUACUAAUACAAGCAACAAUAGCGCGUCUUGCAUGUUUAUGUAUGUUUAAAAUUUUCUUCAACCAAAUAAAUUAUUGAUGCACAAAAUUCAAUGUAUAUCAAAGUAUGCAAUGAUUAUAAACAAUUGACUAUAUGCGAAUGAGUUUUAUGAAGAGACUGUUAAGAUAACCAGCUGUUCUUCGUUAUAAGCCAUAGAAAUUAUCAAGAAAUCAAUUUCUGAUUUACAUAAUUAAACAGCUUCCUUAUAACAAUUAUUUAAUCAAACAAGAUAAACGCAAGUGUUAUAGAACAGCGAUUUUUGUUCCUGAUAAUGAUCAGAAUUACUUACUAUGAUCAUGAAUUUUGGCAGCUGUUAUACUAUACACUCCAUUCAUUAUUACAACAUCGUCAUAGAUAAAAAUUGAAUCCAUAAUAUAUGCUAAUAAGCUUUUCCAACAAUAACUCUCAUUCAUGCGUUUAAGAAGUGAUAUGAACUAACUUCUUAAAAUAAACGAUGAUUAAAUCAGGUGAUUAUUUUUUUAAAUUUAAAUUUUAAACGUACGCCAUCUUUAGUAUUAAUAAUUAUAUCCUCAAGGAUAAGUUUUAUUGAAAUAAUACAUAUAUUACAUCACCAUUCUAACAUGUAUUACUAAAUUCCGUGCCUUGGACAGUAAUCACAGCAGAUAAGUGUUAAAAAACAGAUGAAAGGGGGCGUAACAUAGAGUGUAGAACAAAAUCAUCAGGAUUUUGCAAAAAUUAGUCAGUGCGAACAAAACUUUUGAACCCAUCACAGUGUUGUCGGACAAUUAUGGAAUCAGCACGCAUCUCGGUCGUCAUUCUACUGCUCGCAGUUCUCCACUAUCCAGCUUUAUCGCUAGGUGAUCGAUCUAAACUAGUCUUUAAAACUGGACAGAGAUUACCACACGACCAGAUAUUCUUAAACACUACGGAGCUCUUUCAACUUCCAAGCAACGGAGCGACUUCUGCACUUUUCAAUUUCGUCAAGACUUACUCCGACAAUUUGGAAAGGAAUUACGUGAUAACGAGCGUCGAAAUAACAAGAAAGAUACCGGAUAAUGACGACGGGGGGCAAGCUUUCGCGGGUAUUGUCGCUGGUGGACCUGGAAAAACAUUCGUCAGCAUCGAUUAUUGCGUGGAGCCCAGACUGCGAUAUUUCUUCGAUAUAAAAUUAUAUGGAACGAAUUAUUCGUGAUAAAAUGAAUGCAUUAUGACGUGUCGAUACGAUCUGCAAAAAUGUUUUUUAAAAUGAAUAAAAAAAUUAAAUGAUAAUUCCAAUAA